AUGCCCCACCCCCCCAAAGAACGUGAAGAAGUACAGAGUUUAAACGAUAAAGUAGCUGCCCUAAACAGGUUCGUGUCAAGAGUGACGGAUAAAUGUUUACCCUUCUUUUGCACGCUAAAGAAGUCUUUCGAGUGGACUGCUGAGUGUCAGCAAGCAUUUGAAGAUCUAAAGACUUACCUUUCUUCCCCACCAUUGCUAAGUCCUUUGCGACCUAGAGAAAAGCUCUUCCUCUAUCUGGCCAUCUCUCCGGUAGCCGUUAAUGCGGCCUUGUUAAGAGAAGAAGACAAGGCAAUAGAGUUGAGUGAGUUUGACAUUCAGUACCGCCCGUGCACCGCAAUCAAGGGACAGGUAGUCGCUGACUUCAUAGCAAAGUUCACUAACGGGGAAGAUAAGGGGGCAGAUGAACGUCUUCAAUGGAGCAUACAUAUAGACAGGUCGUUCGACAAGCAAGCCGACGGAGCAGGUAUCGUACUUCUUUCUCCUGAAGGAGACAAGAUUGAAUGUAUGGUCCACCUCGACUUCCCUACCACUAAUAAUGAAGCAGAAUACGAAGCUCUGGUGGCGGGACUUAAUCUCGCUAAAGUCGUCAUAAACCAAGUGAACGGGGACUAUGAAUGCAAGGGCAAAAGGAUGAAAAAGUACUUGGAGCAAGUAAGGAGAAGGGUGGACGACCUGCAUGCCAAGAUCGUCCAAAUCCCAAGAGGAAAGAAUGAGCAAGUCGACCGCCUUGCCAAAGCCGCCUCAGCAGAACACAUGAUCGUCCUUGAUAAUGAGAUAGGUUCUGAAAACGACUGGACCACACCAUUAGUCUCAUAUUUAAAAAAUGGUGUCUUACUAGACAGGAAGGAAGCCAUAAGAAAGUUGAAGGUCCAAGCAGCACGAUUCGUUUUAAUAAAGGACGACUUGUAUAAAAGAGGUUUCUCCCGCCCAUACCUAAGGUGUUUAGGUCUUGAAGAAGCAGACUGCGUUAUGAAAGAAGUCCACGAAGGGAUCUGCGGAAACCACUCAGGAUCACGGUCGUUGGUACACAAACUAAUUCGAGUGGGGUACUACUGGUCCACCACGCAGAAGGAUGCUCAGACUUAUGUUAAAGCCUACGACAAGUGUCAAAGGUUCAACAAUAUCAUCAAACAGUCGUCCGAAGAGUUGACCCCAAUGACAACCCCAUGGUCGCUCGCUCAGUGGGGAUUAGACAUCAUGGGGUCAUUCCCAAUAGUGGUACAGUAG